GUCCAGCGACUACGCGGCUGCCGAGACGUACUUGCGGCGGCGGCAGCUGCUCCUCCGAGGAUCCCCGAGGGCGGAGGGCAGCCGACCUCCAGCCGGAGCUUUUGUUAUUUUGCCCCACGCCUGGGCGGAACCACGCCUCUCGUCGCGCCCCAUUGGCGUAUUCCCUUCCGGGGGCGGGACUGGCGCCGCGCCCCACCCUCCCUGCCGUAUAAAUGCGGCGCCAGCGUAGGCUGUGAGCAGUUUCUGCCUGAGUCUGGGAAUGCGCUUGCGCGUCCCUUCCGAGUUCGCGUCUUGAGGCUGCGGCGUCGGCACCUUGCGCCACCGUGUCGCGGGUUCGAAGCUAGGGACGGCGCGACGUGAGUUCGCAUCCCAGCGGUGAUGCUGUUCGAUAAGGUGAAGGCGUUCAUGGUGCAACUGGAUGGUGCGAGCGCGGGCGCCGAGCCCGUGUUCAGCGGCGGCCAGGCAGUGGUCGGCCGGGUGCUGCUGGAGCUGACGGGCCCGGCGCGCGUGGGCACCCUGAAGCUGCGCGCGCGAGGCCGCGCCCAUGUGCACUGGACCGAGUCACGCAGCGCGGGUUCGAGCACCGCGUACACACAAAGCUACAGCGAGCGCGUGGAGUUUGUGAACCACCGCGCCACGCUGCUUGCACCAGACACCGGAGAGAUCACAACACUACCUCCUGGGCGCCAUGAGUUCCCAUUCAGCUUUCAGCUGCCACCGACUCUAGUAACUUCAUUUGAAGGCAAACAUGGCAGUGUCCGAUACUGCAUCAAAGCCACCCUGCACCGUCCCUGGGUCCCUGCCCGCCGCACAAGGAAAGUGUUUACUGUUAUCGAGCCUGUGGACAUCAACACACCAGCUCUGCUGGCCCCUCAAGCGGGAGCUCGGGAGAAGAUCGCCCGAUCCUGGUACAGUAACCGUGGCCUUGUCUCCCUCUCAGCCAAGAUCGACCGCAAGGGGUACACACCAGGUGAGGUGAUCCCCGUCUUCGCCGAGAUCGACAAUGGCACCACACGCCCAGUGCUGCCCCGAGCGGCUGUGGUCCAGACACAGACCUUCAUGGCACGAGGUGCCCGCAAACAGAAACGAGCAGUGGUGGCUAGUCUCUCAGGGGAGCCUGUGGGCCCUGGGCGCCGGGCACUGUGGCAGGGCCGGGCGCUGCGGAUCCCUCCUGUGGGUCCCUCUAUCCUGCACUGCCGCGUGCUGCAUGUGGACUAUGCCCUCAAGGUCUGCGUGGACAUCCCAGGCUCAUCCAAGCUGCUCCUGGAGCUGCCGCUGGUCAUCGGCACCAUCCCUCUGCAUCCUUUUGGCAGCCGCUCGUCCAGCGUGGGCAGCCAUGCCAGCUUCCUGCUGGAUUGGGGGCUGGGGGUCCUGCCUGAGCGGCCUGAAGCCCCUCCCGAGUACUCCGAGGUGGUGGCCGACGACGAGAUGGCAGCUGCAGCUGCAGCCGUGGAGCAGAGCCCCUUCCCACUACUGCAGAACCCUAACAUGAGCCCCGAAGGCCCCUUUUUCGCCUACAUCCAGGAGUUCCGCUACCGCCCGCCGCCCCUGUACUCCGAGGAGGAUCCAAACCCACCCUCAGAGGUUGUGAGGCCACGCUGCAUGACCUGCUGAAAUGAGUGGCAAGUGGAUAUUUCCAAGGAUGAGGUUGUACUCCUUCCAGCCAGCCGUGGACAUGAGUGAGGUGUGGCUGGGUCAAAAGCAGACCAUCCUGACUGCAGUGAAGUUGCGGAAACUGAGUCUCAGGAUGGGACAGGGCCAUUCUGACAUCACACAGAACAAAGAAGCCAGUCUGUGGAGUCUGACAUAUCUGGACUGGUCCUCCUAAGGGAUCAAAUGUCCAGCGUAGGGUCUGAGACUGUUCAACUCAACUUGUCUAUGCUGGCCUGGCAGCCAACCUGGGGUCCCUUGGAAGCCUCCAGUCUGGGUGAGACAGAGUCAAACAUAAAUCUUGGGACCAGAAGAAGGGACCCAGAAGCUGGGAGAGUCCAAAGGAGGAGCAGAGAAGGCUUCCUGGAGGAAAGGGCUUUUUUACCAAAGGCUUUGGCAUAUGAAUAAGAGCUCAGAAGGCAGGCGAACAAGAAGAAGAAAAAGUCGAAGAGGGUCAGAGCUGAGUGAUGUUUGGAGACUGCCCCCUUGAUCUCAGAACUGGGGCUCAGAGGGCAAGUGCCUCAGUUGAGGCCUUACCGUAAGAUCGGCGGGCAAGAGGGCCCAGGAAUGAGGCAUUCAGGGAAAGCAGGUUGUCAGACCCUUGUGGAGCCAGCAGACAAUAGGGGCAGCAAUUCAGCCUUUGAAACCUUUGCAAGUCAGAGAUUCUUGGCCCAGGCUGAAUUGCCUGGGGGACCCUUCCACACACUCCAAGACAUAAGAUCUGCCUGAAUACUGUAUAGCCCAAGAAAUCCAAGUGGAGCAGACAAGACCCAACUACAUAAUUUUUGCAAAAUGAAGAUGCAAGGCCCCUUAUUCAAGAACCAAGAAUUUCAAGACAGGGACAGCAGAGCAUUAAACCAGGCUGUGGGGACCAAGGUCAGCCUGGGAACACACAGCAGGGCCAGUGUGCUUCUGGAUACUCCCUGUGUCCUGGAGGGACAGAACACGGCGGGGCCGCUGGACAAGCCCCCAAGUGCAGAGUCCCAGGCCUGGCGGGGGCAGGGCCCCCACCUGGGACUCCACAUUUCUGACAAGCCUUAACUUGUUCUCUUUUGUAUAAUUAUUUUUUAAAAAAAAAAAUUAAAAAGCACAGAGGAAAAGG